CGUCUGGCGAUCGGGUUGCCUAUUUAUAAAUCCUCAUUGACUGACGGCGCGAUGCGUGCUGCGCUGGUCGUCUCCUGCGCACUCGCCUCGGCGACCCGUCCGCUCGUCCGCAUCCCACUCGUGAACCUGGACCAGCUUCAAUUCUACGGCAGCAUCCACGUUGGGUCGCCGCCCCAGGCCUUCCGCGUCAUCUUCGACACGGGCUCGAGCGACGUGUGGGUCCCCAGCCAAGACUGCAUCGCGUGUUCGGGCUCUGCUCGCUACAACCGGUCGGCGUCGUCCCCCUUUGCCGACGAGAGGUAUCGUUUCCAAGCCUUUUAUGGCAGCGGUGCCGUCGCAGGCGAUGUCUUCUCGGACGCCAUCGCCUUGCCCGGCGCGUCGCAUGCGCCUCUGCUGCGCAUGGGCAGCGUCACGACGCAAGACGCCCAUAUCCAAAAGUUUGCCUCCGAAGGCAUUGUCGGUCUCGGGUUUCCGACACUCGCUUCGAUCUCGGCGCCAACGUUCUUGGAAGCGCUCGAGAUUGAGAUCUUCUCGCUCUACAUUAGCCCUCUCCCGACCUCUCCGAUCCCGUCGCAGCUGCUUUUGCAUGGUGUCGACGACGCCCUCGCCGGGCCCAACGCGACGUGGCACGAGAUUCCGCUGGCCGACGCGCCGUCGACAGAUGGUUUUUGGGUCGUCCGAUUAGGCGGCAUCCGCCUGCACGACGUCUCUCUUCAACGCGCCGCCACCGUGGCGAUCCUCGACUCUGGCACGUCGCUUCUGCUGCUCCCGCACAUGGAGUACGCGUCCGUGGUCGCUCGCCUAUGUGCAGUAGUCCCAGCCCUCGACGGCUGCGACGUCGGCCACGUGUCUUGCUCGUCGUGUGACCACACGUCGUUUCCGCCGCUUACGUUCACCCUCGGCAGCACGGCUUUUACACUCCAAGGCUCCGACUACGUUCGCUGCGAGCUCAACGUGUGCACACCGCAGAUCGAGACGAGCGCCAACGCGUUCGUCGUCCUCGGCGAUAUCUUUUUUCGGGCAUACUAUACGGCCUUUGAUGUCAAGAAACGGAGCGUUCGACUCGCGUGUCCAGCAAGUGGCUGCCACGGCGGCCAGCGGCCGCCGCUCUUACUCUCCCCCUUUGUACGUUCUGCGUCGUCGAUGUGCUUGCAUGCUCAAAUGUGCACGCAGUUGUCCUGGGUGCUCUACGCCUCGGUGCUGUACACCAAGGCCUUUGGCCUCGCGCUCAGCGUCGUAAGCUCCAAGUGGCUCUUCGACCGCACGCUUCGGAGGCGCACCAAGCAGCCCCCAGGGCUUCUGAGCGGCAUCGUUUAGAAAGCGGCCAUUCGCCUCUUGAAUACUACAGCUGCAAUCGUUUUUGGCUCGGAAAAGUUGACCUACCG